AUGAGACCUCGACCAGAUAGUACCCAAGCACCGAUACCAGUGGAGUUUGAACAAGGCAAUGGCGUACAUCGUAUGCGAGCGCGACCGGAUAGUACCCAAGCACCGAUGCCUGUGGAAUACGAACACGACUAUGAAGUACACCACACGGAUGCACCACCACCAUAUACUGCGGAAGAGCUGACCGGCUCAAUACCACAGCCAGGGGACACCGGUGUAACAAACGAUGGUCGCAUCGACAUUGACCUCAACUCACGACUCACCAAGACACUCGUCAAACUCGUGCCGAAGCAUGAAAAGGAAGAACCAGAACUCAGUCGCCGAUAUACCAUCAACAGGUUAUGGAGCAUUCGUUUAAACAUUGUCAUCCAAGUUGUUGGAAGUCGAGGCGAUGUGCAACCAUUCAUCGCUCUAGGUCAAGAGUUGCAAAGAUACGGACACCGCGUGCGAAUAGCGACACAUAACACAUUCGAAAGCUUUGUGCACGAGUCAAACCUAGAAUUUUAUCCCAUCGGUGGAGAUCCGAAAGAGCUCAUGGCAUACAUGGUGAAGAAUCCAGGUCUGAUCCCUUCAAUGAAGAGUCUGCGAGAAGGCGACAUCCAGAAGAAAAGAGACAUGAUCACAGAAAUGCUCUACGGCUGCUGGCACUCAUGUGUCGAGCCGGAUCUGAAGACUGGGCAGCCGUUCGUGGCAGAAGCAAUCAUCGCCAAUCCGCCCAGUUUCGCGCAUGUACAUUGUGCUCAGGCGCUGGGUAUUCCACUUCAUCUUAUGUUUACUAUGCCCUGGAGCAGUACGCGAGCCUUUCCGCAUCCGCUGGCAAACUUCAAAGGUGGCGAAAUCUCGACCGCGCUGAUCAAUUACGCGUCUUACGGCGUAGUUGAAUUCCUAACAUGGCAGGGUCUUGGCGACGUCAUCAAUCGGUUUCGCCAUUCUCUGGACCUGGAAGAUGUUCCUGUAUCGGUUGGGCCUGUACUCGCUUCCACGCUCAAAGUGCCCUUCACAUAUUGCUGGUCUCCGGCAUUGGUUCCAAAGCCAGCGGAUUGGGCAGCGCAUAUCGAUGUCUGUGGUUUCUUCUUUCGUGAGCCAACGCCGUACACGCCGUCUGCGGAAAUCGAUCAAUUCCUACGCAAUGGACUUCCGCCGGUAUAUAUAGGCUUCGGAAGUAUCGUCCUGGACGAUCCGGCGAAGAUGACGUCAAGCAUCCUAGAAACUGUACGCGCUCUAGGUAUCCGAGCGAUCAUCUCGAGAGGAUGGAGCAACCUGGGUGCCGAUUUGCCAAACGACAACAAAGACGUCCUGUUCAUCGGUGACUGUCCCCAUGAAUGGUUAUUCCAGCACGUUGCAGCGGUCGUUCAUCACGGCGGAGCAGGUACUGCUGCUUGUGGGCUACGCAAUGCGUGUCCUACUGUUGUCGUACCCUUCUUUGGAGAUCAACCAUUCUGGGGAGAGAUGAUAGCAGCAGCGGGAGCAGGUCCGAUGCCUAUUCCCCACAAACUCCUGACGGCCGAGAACCUUACACCAGCCAUCCACUUCUGCCUCACGCGCGAAGCGAAGCAAGCAGCACGUGCUCUAUCUUCGCAGAUGGCGAGCGAACGUGGUGUCGAAGCUGCUGCGCAAUCUUUCCAUGCAAACCUGCCUCUCGAAACAAUGCGAUGUGCUCUUUUACCCACGGAGGUGGCUUCCUGGAAAACAAAGAAGGGGUCCAUCCUCCUCUCCAAACUGGCUGCGCAAGUAUUGAUCGAGAACGGUGUGAUUGUUUCCUCAGAUCUUGAGAACCACGAAACGGACCCAUUUAUCAUCACUAAUCAACGUUGGGACCCUGUGACAAGCACGACUUCUGCGUGUGUCGGUAUCGUCGGAGAUAUGGGUAUGGCAGCGAAGGGCAUGGUCGUGGAUCCCUUCACCGAGCCGAAACACUCUGUCACCUCUUCAGCCGCCUCGACAUCGUCAGACAAGUCAAACGGUGCGGCUGUUGCAGGUCGCGUGGCUGGUGGGGUCGCCAAAGGCUUUGGCAGAUUCGUCGGUGCGUUCUACAAAGGCGUCAUCGUUGAUCUUCCCCUCGCCACCACGGAAGGCUUCCGCAACGUACCGAGACUGUAUGGAGAAGAGGUCAAAGACCAUGGAGAGGUUACCGGUGCUCUUUCCGGUUUCCAGGUGGGCGGAAAGAAUUUCGUUCACGGCAUAGCAGAUGGUUUCUCGGAUCCCUUCCGUCAGACGUACGAGGGCGGCAAAAAGGAGGGUGCGAUCGGGUACGCCAAAGGAUUUGGUAAGGGAAUGGCCGGCCUCGUUACGAAGACGAGCGCAGCCGCUGUAGGGAUAGUGGCGUACCCAGGAGACGGCAUCGUCAAGAGUAUGAAGUAUCUGGCGAAGAGCGGAACAAGGAAACGUAUCAGGGCGGCGAAAUUGGUCGAAACCGAAUGGAUCGGCAGAAAGUUCGAGGCUGACCUGAACGCCAUGGAACUCAUACGGGAAUUCGAAAGACUAAGAAAGGGCAAGGAGAAGGUGAGGACGUGA